CAAUGCGAUGUACAAGAAGUCGUUGGAACUAUUGAGAGAAGAUGGUUUGGCAAGCACCAGCCUUGGAUUGCCGCUGAAGGCACGCUGGCUCGACCUGGCAGACACGACAAACGACAGAACUGAUUCUACUUGUGCCAAGCUCAUGAUACCAAUCGAAGGGUCCACAACACGAGGCUUGCUACUAGCAAGAGCAUCUAAAGAAGCUGU